AUGACGGUGGAAAAACAUGCUCUACCAAAGCUGCCUUACGCAUUGAAUGCACUUGAACCCUCCAUUUCAGGUCAGAUCAUGGACCUGCACUACAACCGACAUCAUCAGACUUACAUCACGAACCUGAACAACGCCCUCACGACCCACGCCGAAGCAUUAUCGACCGGGAACCUCAUCAAGCAGCUUGAACUGCAGCCUGCCAUCAAAUUUAACGCUGGAGGACAUAUCAAUCACACGCUGUUCUGGGAAGGGCUAACGCCGGUCUCGAGUGGUGAUUCGGACCUCGGCAAGGCGGCUCCCAACUUGCAUCAAGCCAUUGUUCAGCGCUGGGGGAGCGUGGAGGCGUUCAGGGCUGCAUGGGAAGCCACGGCCCUCGGUAUCCAGGGUUCUGGAUGGGCGUGGCUUGUGAAAAGCCCGGCAAAAGACGGAAGCACCCUCGAGAUCACCACAUCCAAAGAUCAAGAUCUCCCAGCAACUGGAAAACUUGCGAUCCUGGGUAUUGAUAUGUGGGAGCAUGCCUACUACCUGCAGUACUGGAACAACAAGAAGGACUACGUCAACAAGAUCUGGGAUGUUUUGAACUGGAAAACUGCGGAGAAGAGAUACCUUGGAGAUGUUCGGGCCAUUUACGGAGACCUGGCCGGACUGGCAAGUCGGCUGUAG